AUGGCUCCUCAGUCGAAGAGCCUUCCCCUCGGUCAGACGCCGCAACUCUCGUCUGUUGCCGGCCCUACCUAUGUGACCGGACAGACACUGGUUCAACAGGUCACUUAUUCCUUGUCCGACAAGAUCUUCUCCUACUCCCCCGAGACCUUCGACCUCGAUGUGGCCGCAAAGGCGUGGAGCGAUGCCCAAGAGAGCAAUGUCAACGGGUAUACCACCGGAGUCCAGUCCAUGCAGAUUCGCAAUGGUGCCGGAUCAAUUGCCCUAGGAUACAUGUUCUCCAAGGACUUUGAUCUCAAGAAGAGACAUAUUCCUCAAGGGCUUCUGGCACCAUCCUCAGCGCUUCGCUUUCUGAGACCAGUCCUGGACCAGCUUUCGCUCCUCUACUCCGUCAGCAACCCCUUUGUGGCGCAUGUGGCCGCAUUGGACUACGAUGGCGACAAGAACGGUGGCUUGGUCACGGACUAUGCUUCGGCUCUGUCGACUGCGGAAGACCUUGGUUUCGGCUUGGUCUCGACCCAAUCCGCACACGAGGCACAGCAUAUGUCGCUUCUGGCAACCCUCCUGGCCCACGACCUUCCCACACUCCACGUCUAUGACGGUUUGAGAAUUGGUAGAGAUACCACAAGAGUCAUUGAUGUUCUGGACAGAGCCGGACUGGGCAACGCUUACCAGUCAGUGAUGAAGUCGAUCUCUGAUGAAGACCGUAAACAUCUGAGCAUUGAGGGAAAGGCAUUGAGAACCCUCCGUGCUCUUAAUGAAGAGCUGGGAACAGACUACAAGCCUUUUGAGUAUCACGGUCAUGAGCAGCCGGAGGCCGUCCUUGUGACAUUUGGAUCGGUCGAGUCUUCCCUUGCUGCCCAGGUAGCCACCGCAUUGGCCAAAUCCGGCAACAGGGUUGGGGCCAUCAAUGUCCGAUUGUAUCGACCGUUUGCGGAGGAGCAGUUUUUGAAGCUGAUUCCCAAUGGCAUCAGAACCCUCGGGGUUCUGGGGCAGGUUGCCGAUGCGCAGGCUGUACAAGAGGCCGGUGUCCAUUCCCAGCUGUUUGAAGAUGUGCUUGCCACGAUUGCUUAUGGCGCCUCGAUCCACAACACGCCUGAGGUUCGAGAGCUGAAGUAUGCCCGAGCCGAAGCCUGGACACCGUCAUCGAUCGCUUCGACCUUCCAGAUGCUCCUCGGAAAAGGCGGCGAUGAGCAGCCCAUCACGACCUUCCUGGAAGAGUCGGUUCAACAAUACACAUUCUGGACUGUUGACGACGCGCCAUCUGCCUCUGCUGCCGCCCACUUGGCGGAGGCCUUGGCCAAGGACUCCGCUCAGAACGUGACGGUCCACACUACUCACGACAAUCUUGUCCAGGGUGGUGCGCAUAGGACUGACAUCAGAAAGUCGCCUAAGAGCCUUGAUGCUGCCUAUCCUAUUGCUGCGGCCGAUACUGCCGUUGUCACCGAUGUGAAACUUCUAGAAAAGAUCAAUGUGGUCAAAUCUAUCAAGUCUGGUGGCAAAAUCAUUCUCGUGCUGCCUGGUGUCAAGGAUGAAGACGUCGAGAAGAAGCUGCCAGCAGCCUUCAAGAAGGCGGUGGCUGAGGAUCACAUUUCCUUGUAUCUCAUCGAUCCGGCGAGCACGGCCUUGUCUACCGAAACCCCCGACCUCGAGUCACUCAUCCUGGAGACUGCCUUCCUCCGUGUUGUUCUAGGAAAGGCCGAGGAGGUUGGCUUGCAGAAACUGGCCGCAUCCAACAGCGAUAUCAAGACUCUGGAACAGGUUGCCGCCGAUCUCGAUAAGACACUGCGUCAAAUUGUUGUUCCCGAGGACUGGACCGAGCUGGAAGUGGAUGCCAAGGAAUCUCUGCCCGAGGAUCUUCGGCCGAACAGUUUCAGCACGUUUGACAAAACUGAGGAGGAGCCGCCUUCCAAACUGCGUAGCUGGCAGAAGGCAGCCAAGGGCUUCCUUUUCAAGGAAGCAUACAACACUUCCAACUCUCUUCGACCGGAUCUCCCUACCAAGACUUUCACCGUGCACGUGAAGGAGAACCGUCGUUUGACGCCUGCUACCUACGAUCGAAACAUUUUCCACAUCGAGUUUGAUUUGGGCACUUCUGGUCUCAAGUACGAUAUUGGUGAGGCGCUUGGCAUCCAUGCUGAAAACGACCACGAUCACGUCAUGGACUUCAUCAAGUGGUACGGACUGAACCCGGAGGACGUUGUUGAGGUUUCUUCUCGCGAGGAUCCCGCAGUGUUCGAGAACCGUACAAUCUACCAGGCGUUGAAACAGAAUGUCGACAUUUUCGGCCGGCCACCCAAGAAAUUCUAUGAGGCGCUUGCCGAUUUCGCAACGGAUGAGAAUGAAAAGAAGAAUCUUCUGACUCUGGCUGGUCCGGAAGGAUACAAGGAGUUCCAGCGCCGAGCAGAAGUUGAUACAGUCACUUAUGCCGACGUCUUACUCGAAUUCCCGUCGGCUCAUCCUUCGUUCCACGAUCUGGUGCGGAUUGUGUCGCCUAUGAAACGCCGUGAAUACUCCAUCGCUUCAUGCCAGGCUGUUACCCCUAACUCGGUCGCACUGAUGAUUGUCGCUGUCAACUGGGUCGAUCCGAAGGGACGCGAUCGCUUCGGACAGGCCACCAAGUACUUGAGCGCCCUCAAACCGGGUGCUCCAGUGACGGUCAGCGUGAAGCCUUCAGUGAUGAAGCUGCCACCCAAGUCGACCCAACCGAUCAUCAUGGCCGGUCUCGGUACCGGUCUCGCCCCGUUCCGAGCAUUUGUCCAACACCGCGCCAUGGAGAAGGCUCAGGGCAAGGAGAUUGGAUCUGUCUUGCUGUACAUGGGCUCGCGCCACCAGCGCGAGGAAUACUGCUACGGAGAGGAAUGGGAGGCUUAUCAAGCCGCAGGUGUCAUCACCCUGCUUGGACGUGCAUUCAGUCGAGAUCAGCCGCAGAAGAUCUACAUUCAGGACAGAAUGCGGCAGACCAUGGACGAUAUUGUCAAGGCUUACAUCAAGGAGGAUGGUGCCUUCUACCUCUGCGGACCUACCUGGCCUGUACCGGAUGUUACCAACGUCCUGGAGGAGGCCAUCGCCCAAGAUGCCAGAGACAAUGGCGUCAAGAAGGUCGAUACCGCCAGAGAGAUCAUGAAGUUGAAGGAUGCCGGAAGAUAUGUUCUUGAGGUUUACUAG